CUCCAAUGACUGUCCCUUUCUCUCUCCCCUCCAUAUAACAACGACAACACCAUUCCCCUCACUGCUUUGAAUCGCUCAUUGUCUCUCAGCAGCUUUGAUUUUUGAAGCUUCCCAACCUCAACAGAGUUUAAGCUCUUUUUUUCUUCUUUCUUUCUUUCCUUUCUCGAGUUAGAAAGAUGGGGUUUAUUCCGACGGAAGAGAGCCGGAGGCAGGAGAUUGAGGAGUUCAAGCGGAUGGUAGUCGCCUGCGCCGGACUCAGCCGGAGGAAAGACGAAGAGGAGCAGCUCGGAUUCCAUCUCCGCUCCCCUGAAAUCGACGACGACGUAGGCGAGGAGAAGAUCGUCUGCGUCACCAGCGGCGUUUCCUUCUUAGGCCUCGCCGUCGUCAACCGCCUCCUCGUCCGCGGUUACGCCGUCCGAAUCCUCGUCGACAACCAAGAGGAUGUGGAGAAGUUGAGGGAGAUGGAAGAAGCGGCGGCGGGGGAGGAGGGGAGGCGGCGAUUGGGAAGCAGCAACAACGGCGUGGUGGAAGCAGUGGUGGCGAGUUUGUUCCAAGUGGAGACUUUGGCGGAGGCGUUCAACGGCUGCCGAGGCGUUUUCCACACUGCGGCUUUCGCGGAUCCUGCUGGACUCUCCGGUUACACGGGAGCGUACUGCAUCUUUCGUACUGCUUUUACCAUGUUCUCUGUUUCUGAUUAUCGCUUUAAUCUAAACCCUCCAACUUUUGAUGCAUGUCAGAAAUCGAUGGGCGAAAUUGAAGUGAAGGCUGCUGAGAAUGUGGUGGAGGCAUGCUCGAGGACCCCGUCGGUAAGAAGCUGUGUGCUCACUUCAUCGCUGCUGGCCUGCAUUUGGCGAGACAGCACCUUGCAGGAUUACCCCUGUGUCAUCAACCACGAGUCCUGGAGCGAAGAAACAUUUUGCAGAGAUAAACGGCUGUGGUAUGCUUUGGGCAAGUUGAGAGCAGAGAAGGCAGCAUGGAGAAUAGCAAAAGAGAAAGGUGUGAAAUUGGCCACCAUCUGCCCAGGUCUUAUUACAGGCCCUGAAUUCUUUGACAGGAACCCAACAUCAACCGUUGCCUACCUAAAAGGUAACCCAAAUCCAAUAUCACCCACCACUCCCCUUAUUUCUCUAUGGAUCAAUACAAUUGGAGCUCAAGAGAUGUUUGCAGACGGGCUGCUGGCGACAGUGGACGUGAUGAAGCUGGCGGAGGCACAAGCCUGCGUUUUCGAAGGGAUGAAGAAGACAGCCGGCGGGAGGUACAUUUGCUACGACAACGUGAUCGAGAGCGAGGAGACGGCAGAGAAGCUAGCGGAAGAAGUUGGGAUGUCGGCGGAGAGGAUAUGUGGGAACAGAGGUGCUUAUAUUCCGGCGCCAUUCCAGUUAUCUAACAGGAAGCUUUCUAACCUCAUGUCCAGAACUCUUCGCAGUUGCUACAAUCAACGCUGAAUCGUUAAAAAGAAAAUUAGAAUAAAAGAGUCGUUGGUAGGAAGGGUUUCUAGCUGGCUAAAAGGGUUAUUAUGGUUAUACGUACA